UCCUCCACUAGUCCGGCCACUCCCGCUCGGCGCGUGAGUCAGGCAUUUCCCGGGAACUCGCAGCAGCCGCAGCCGGGCGGGCUCGGACCCUGCCCCGCGGGCUCCAUGGAGAAGGUGGCGGCGGCGCAGGGCGGCAGCAGCGGGGAUGGAGGCAGCAACAGCAGCAGCCGGAGCAGCAGCCGCCCCACGUCGGCGGGCUCGUCUCCCUCCUCCAUGGGCCGCGGGCUGCCGGGCCGGCCAGCGGCGGGCAGGCUGGAAGGCGGCGGAGGAGGGAGCAGCAGUAGCCCGGGCUCGGCAGCUGCGAGCCCGGGAGGAAGCGGAGGGCGGCCGGCGCUCGGCAGCGGCCGCAGGAGGGAGCCGACGCUGGAGGGAGCGCUCAGUAAAUACACCAACCUCCUGCAGGGCUGGCAGAGCAGGUACUUUGUGCUGGAUUUUGAGACUGGGAUUCUGCAGUAUUUUGUGAAUGAACAAAGUAAAAACCAGAAGCCACGAGGAGCCCUGUCUUUAGCUGGAGCUAUAAUCUCUCUCAGUGACGAAGUGCCACACAUGUUGGUAGUAUACUUUGCUAAUGGAGAGAUAUAUAAACUGAGAGCUGCUGAUGCAAAGGAAAAACAAUACUGGGUGACUCAGCUCCGAUCCUGUGCCAAAUACCACACGGAAGGUAAUUCUAAGAGCACUCCCUCCUCACGAAACAGAAACUUGUCUUUGCUUCCUCCUGGGAUGAGUAAUUCUGCAUCUCCUAGUAGUCAAAAACAUCAGGGUCAAAGUGGACCGACCGUUGUUACCGUUACACAUCACAAAUCGCCUGCAGCAGCCCGGAGAGCCAAGAGUCAAUAUACUGGUCAACUCCAUGAAGUCAGAGAGCUCAUGAGCCAAGUGGAGGGACAACAGAAGAAUCUUGUGCAAGCCAUUGAAUCCCUGCCAGGUUCUGGACCUCUUUCUGCCUUGGAUCAGGACUUGCUGCUUUUAAAAGCUACCUCUGCUGCCACCCUGAGCUGCCUUGGAGAAUGCCUGAAUUUAUUACAGCAGAGUGUGCAUCAGGCAGGCCAACACAAUAAUAGGACAUUGCCUUCAGAAAACAUCCUGGGAUGGCAUGGGCCAAAGUCACAUUCCACAGAACUGAAAAAUGGUGCUUUCAGCUCUUUAUCAUCUGCUAGUGCCAAUAUAACAUGGGCAAUAGUACCAACUGCAACUCAAGAUGGGCAAACACUACAGCCAAAUACUGAGCAUUCAGCUCCUGAGUUGAUCCUGGUUGAAGAUGAGAUGACGGAUACUGAAGAUAAUGAAGAGGAGGAUUUAGGAGUCAUGGAAGAUCAGCGUAGCAUAAUUCUUCAUCUCAUCUCACAGCUCAAACUUGGCAUGGAUCUAACCAGGGUGGUGCUUCCAACAUUUAUUUUGGAGAAAAGAUCUCUGCUGGAGAUGUAUGCAAAUUUCAUGGCCCAUCCAGACCUGUUUUUGUCAAUUGCAGCUGGAGCCACUCCUGAGGAAAGAAUUAUUUGCUUUGUGGAGUAUUAUCUAACAGCCUUUCAUGAAGGCCGAAAGGGAGCAGUUGCCAAGAAACCUUAUAACCCAAUCAUUGGUGAAUCAUUUCAUUGCUCAUGGGAUGUGCCUAAAGACAAAGUGAAAUCAUUCAGAACUAACAGUGCCUCUGUAGUUUCUAAGGACCAAACCAAGGAAUUUGGCCAGGACCAAUCAGAGUGCUACAAGCUGAGGUUUGUAGCUGAACAAGUAUCCCAUCACCCACCAGUAUCAUGCUUUUACUGUGAAUGCAAGGAGAAGAGAAUGUGUGUGAACGCCCAUGUAUGGACCAAAAGCAAGUUCAUGGGAAUGUCAAUAGGUGUUUCUAUGGUAGGUGAAGGUGUUCUUUACUUAAUGGAACAUGAGGAAGAAUAUGUGUUCACUCUGCCUAGUGCCUAUGCACGUUCUAUACUUACCAUUCCAUGGGUGGAGCUUGGAGGUAAAAUCAGUAUUAACUGUGCCAAGACUGGCUAUUCUGCUACUGUCACAUUCCACACCAAGCCUUUCUAUGGAGGAAAAGUUCACAGGGUUACAGCAGAAGUGAAACACAAUCCCACCAAUACCAUCGUGUGUAAGGCACAAGGAGAAUGGAAUGGCACACUGGAAUUUACGUACAGCAAUGGAGAAACCAAAGUGAUUGACACCACCAAACUGCCCGUUAUCCGAAAAAAGAUUAGACCAAUAGCAAAACAAGGUCCAUUUGAAUCAAGGCAUCUUUGGCAACAUGUCACCAACUCCCUGAAAGAAGGCAAUAUCGAUGCAGCAACGGAGCACAAGCACCGCCUGGAGGAAAGGCAGCGAGCAGAGGAGAGGCAACGUGUGGCUAUUAAUACACCCUGGAAACCAAAAUAUUUUACCAACGAGGGUGACGGUUGGAUAUACUUCAGUCCCCUCUGGAAGUCCCAUUGACAAGACAGAACGCACUGUUGUCUCAUAACAAACCCAUCUUAGAAGCAUUAAAAUGAUGCAGUAUAUAACCUUCAGGUGUCAUUGAAUAGCUUUGUUAAAACAAGAUACAAAUAAGAAGCUAUAUACUGUGAUUGAUGAAUCUCAAAACAGCUACAAGCUCAAGUUUAUUCAACAGCCAUUUUGUGUGUGUAUAUACACACACACACAGUUUAUAUAUAUGUAAACACGUUAUACACGCACUAACAAUGAUUAAGGUCCUGAUCCUUUAAACAUUAUGUGCACAGAACUUCCAUUGAAGUCAAUGAGAGUUUGGUGUGUUGUCUGCUUGUGGGAUCAGGCCCUAUGUUGGCAAUUAAGAAUACUUUUUUAUUAGUACAGUUUGAGGUUUUGUAUUUUUCACUUUGCCAAAAACAUUUUGCACUUAUAAAAUGUGACUUGUCAUUGGCAGUCAUUCAGAGUCUAAAUGGUGGUUAAAUGGCUCACUUCAAGUGACCUAAGCAAGAUACAUUUGGGAUAUUGAUUUAAGAGCAUGUUUUCUGUCCUUGUGACUCACUUAUAAGCAUGCAUUUCUUGCCAUCUUAUAAAAAGUAGCAAUACCAUUGCAAGAACCUUGUUUGUACUAAUCCAUUGUUCUCCUUUUUUUUCUGUUUGUAUUCCAAAGAGAUGCUUAAUAUUUUGCAAGGCCAUUUGUCAGCCCCUUGACCGCGGGAAAGGGGAUCUCUCUGUGAAACACCACUGGCAGUGGUUAUGCUAGGGAAUGCCGAUGUCAUUGGGUGAACCUGCUUUACAGCCCAUCAGUCUUGUGUUAUAGCUUUGAGCAGUCCUGUAUUUCUGGUUCUUCUCUUUUUUUUAGGCCCUGCUGAUUGCUUUGUGACAUUUUCUCAGAAAAUGCUACUUUUACACCAGGCAUUAUUUGCUAACCUACUACUUCAUGGUGAAAUAAGGGCUUUAGUAAAUUAAAAAAUACUGGGGGCAGUGAUUUGUUUUGUAAUGUAAAAAUCUAUAGCUUGAUUUUACUUUGUAAGUAAACCACUGAGAGAUGAAGAAAGUGAACUUCUAAAAAUAUACAGUGUAUUAACGCUUAGCUGCAUUUCAGUUAAAGUGAGAUGUAUCGAUUUUUCAAGAGAAAGUACAGUAAUGGACAAAAAUAUAGUAAACUGACUUCUGCUCAGUGCUUAAUUUACUUUUACAAUGACCCUUAUAAACACCAUUAUAUUUCUAACUUUCAGUAGCAUGAAUGCCUAACUUUCAGUAGUACUGGCUAAUUUUGUGCCUUUUGUCUGCUUUCUUAAUACAGCUGCUUGUAGAUACUAGACAAAUAUAUUUAGUUGACGCAUUGCUCAUCUGUUCAUGUGCUCAAACUAGCAUUUUAUGUUAGUUAUUUUUGGUAGAUAUUAAGGUUACUUAGAUAAGUCAGAAAGUUAUACAGUACUCAGGUGUAUAUGUAAUUGAAUGCACCAUUCAUUGUUAACUUGGAAUUGGCCUUCAAUAGAUCUUUCAACCUAAUGAGCUUCAGAUCUCUAUUAAAUAGCUUGUAGUGUCCUUCAUCUCUUAAAGCCACAUUGUAUCUGUCUGUACAUACUUUUCUCUGCACAUAAAAAUCUAGGUUUUUUUCUUAAAUGUUUUAAAACCUAUUUUAAAGAAAUGUAGACUGUACAGGAUCAGUUUUAAUGUACAGAAAUAUUGUUUGUAAGGAAAGCUUUAUUUUUAGGUAUAGUGGAUGCUUUUCUGUAAUUAUUAUGUCAAAAUGAUGCCCCUGUGAUGAGAUGAACUUACAGGUAACUUCAGGAGAAUUCAUAUACUUUGUGGUCUGCAGGAACUCAUUUAUAUUGCUUGGGGCCACUCUUGUUUUAAAGAGGUUAGUCUGGUAAGUAACUGGAAACAUUAACGAGUUAUAACGUCGAUUGGAUUAUGAAGAACAGUCUAAAAUGCAGAAUUAAACAGAUCAUAAUUGGAGUACACCCUCAAAACUGUAGCUUUAAUUUUCAAACACCAAAGAACUUGGCCAUGCAUUGAUUACAAAGAGGAAUUAGAGACCUCAAACGUUUGUUAGCAGUGCAGGACUGGACCUUUCCUUAUUCAUGGUAUGACUAUCAAUGCUACGAAGAUGCUGUAGCUCUUAUUUUAAGGUGAAUUUUAACUAAUGUUGGACUUCUAAUUUAUUAAGGGUUUCUUCUCUGCACGGUUAUUUACUACCGCAUGGCGAGACUAUUCCAUUUAUGCUCCGAUAAAACUUUUGAUUGUAUUUUAAUGCUGUGAAGAACCCUCGGAUGCCGUUACCACUGUCUGCUUUCUAAAAUAAAUCCCGUGAGGCAAGCACAGUGCUCAUGUUUGAAAUAUCUGAAUCAAAAACCGAUUUCAAAAAUAAAUUCAAGAAGUGUCUUCACUUUAUUUUUUCUGAUUAAAUAAAAUAUAUAUUCUAUGUAUUACAUAAUGAUAGGACAAGAUUUUGAAUAUUAAGCAGUAACCAGCCUUAUUCUGUAGGUUAUUCCAAUGUCUGUCUUGCACCUGCAAGUGAAUAAUUUUUGGGUAGCUGGUGUAAACUUUGAAAUGUAAUGUGACUCUCAACGUGUUUCAGAUCUACCUUUUUUAUGCACACAUGUAGAACCUAUGCAAUCUUUUCUUCCUUAAAGUAGAACUGUUCAGCCAAAAAAUGUAAGUUUAUCGUUUAAAAUUUUAAAAUACUCUGGCAGUCACUUCUGAUUAGCCUUCCUUUCACAAUUUAUGUGAAUUAAAAUUACAUAAAGUGACAUCACUGUCAAUAAAUGAUUCUUUCAGUUA